GUGACCUUUCCAAUUUCCUAUCUCUUUUUUUUUCUAACUCUUCUUAGAGGUACCACUCUCUCCGUCUCUUCGACUUCUUGAUUUGGAGCAUGGCUUGGCCUAGAACUUAAUCUUUUAUCGUUUAUUCCGCUUAUUACAACUAAAUUAUGUCCUUAUCUAACGGAAGCAGCCAUCAAAUAUUUCUUAAUCCAAGCUUUGGCAUCAACAAUUUUAAUCAUAUCCGCCUCAAUUUUUCUUUACGCUCAGUCAAUUUCUCACGUAAUAAUUCUGCUUUCACUCCUUCUAAAACUAGGUGCUGCCCCUUUUCACUUCUGAUUUCCUCAAGUAACUGAAGGUUUAUCUUGACCUCAAGCUUUUAUCCUUUUAACUAUUCAAAAGCUUGCUCCUAUAUUUCUAAUUUCCUACUUGACUUUUUCUGACACCCUUAUAUCAAUUAUUAUAUUUUCAGCCUUAUUGUCCUCACUUGUUGGGGCCCUUGGUGGAUUAAACAUAAUAAAGUUACGAAAGUUAAUAGCUUUUUCUUCUAUUAACCAUAUAGCUUGAAUGUUAGUAGGUAUUUAUUUAGGUGAUAUUUACUGAUUAAUUUACUUCACUUUUUACUCUUUUGUAUCUGGUUCUGUUAUUAUACUUCUUUAUUCUACUCACUCUUUUACAGUCUCAAAUUUAUUAAAUCAAAGAAGAAAAAGUUUAUUACUUAAUAUGUUUAUUCCGAUAAAUAUUCUAUCUCUUGGAGGAUUGCCUCCGUUCCUAGGAUUUGCCCCUAAAUGAAUUAUAAUUCAAUUUUUAUCUGCCAAUUCAAUAUUCAUUCCUCUUUUAGUACUUCUCACUUCAAGUCUUAUCACACUUUAUUUCUAUCUACGACUUUUUAUUCCUUUAUCCCUUUUAUCUUUUUCUUUCUUUAUUUCUAAUGUUAAACUAACAUCCUUAUUUUCAUCUUCGUAUACUCUUCUCUCUAUAUCAUUCAUUAACAUUUUUGGUAUUUUAUUCCCAAUUCCCUUCAUAAUUU